AUGGCAGCCCUGUCGGUGCGGAAAUGCGUUGCCUCUCUCCUCGGCCUCCUGGCCGUCCUGGACUCGCAGGCGAGUGCUGAGGCCGACUCGCCCAAGGUCGUCAAGAUGGACUUGUCCCGGAGCCCCGCCACCAGCAGCAGCAACGUCGCCGGCCGACGGCUGGCCAGGCGCAACAGCAUCACCGUCCCUGUCAUGAACGCCGUCAGCCAGGGUCUCUACUUCGUCAACGCCACCGUGGGCACCCCGCCGCAGACCGUCCAGCUGCAGAUCGACACCGGCAGCAGCGACAUCUGGUUCUUUGGGCCCGAUUCGUGCGACGAGAGCACGUCUCCGUGUCUGGGAGGAGUCUUUGACCCGUCGGAUUCGUCCUCGGUCAAGAUCAUCGGGAAAGACGACUUCCAGAUCAAGUAUGGAACCCCGGACUCGGGCGUCGUGGGCGACUACAUCACCGAUGACUUCAGCAUCGGAGGCGUCACGAUCAAGAACCUGACCAUGGCCGUCGCCACCGACGCCAAAGUCGUCCCGACCGGCAUCAUGGGCAUCGGCUUCGACACGGAUGAGUCCAUCGUCGUCGAGGACCACUCGAAACCGUACCCCAACAUCGUCGACGUGAUGGUCGAGCAGGGCCUGAUCAGCACCCGCGCGUACAGCCUGUGGCUGAACGAUCUGGACUCCCGCUCGGGCAGCAUCCUCUUUGGCGGAUACGACACGUCCAAAUUCACCGGCAAACUGCUGACGCUGCCGAUCCAGCCCGACGCCCAAACGGGCAACAUUUCCACCAUGACCGUUGCGUGGACCUCGCUGUCGGUGACCAACACCACCACCGGGAAGAGCCAGACGCUCUCGUCGGACAGCCUUCCGGCGCCCGCCCUGCUGGACUCCGGCACCACCGCCACCAUGCUGCCGCCGGACCUGUACGAGCAGCUGGCGCAGUUCUUCGGCGCCAUCCAGGAUCCCAGCUCCGACCAGGCCCUGGUGCAGUGCGACCUGCUGCAGACGGCCGACGGGACGCUGGACUUUGAGUUUGGCGGCACGGGCGGACCGGUCAUCAAGGUGCCUUUUUCCGAGUUCGCCAUCCCGCUGGGAGUCGACACUUGGGGCCUGUGUCAGCUGGGCCUCAUGCCGGCGACGGAUCCCAACCUGGGCGUGAUCCUGGGCGACACGUUCCUGCGGUCGGCCUAUGUCGUGUACGACCUGGACAACAAGCAGAUUUCGCUGGCGCAGACGGUCUUCAACACGACGGAGAGCAACGUGGUGGAGAUCAAGCAGAGCAGCAGCGGCAGCGCGGUCGGCAGCAUGGUGACCGGCGUGACCGUGACGCAGACGGCCACGGGGCUGCAGGCGCCGGGGAUCGCGACGGCGACGGGUACGGUGCGGUAUACGGGGACGGCGCUGGCGACGAGCACGGUCUCUCCGUCGUCGUCGUCGUCGUCGUCCAAGAGCGGUGCUGCAGGGACAGUUCGGGGGACCUUUGCCAGUGCGGUGGUGGGGCUGUUGUCGAUGAUCGUGGCGCUGUAUUGA